CGCCUUCCCCACAUUGGCCAGCUACAGCCAGACAGCAACAGCAUACUCCUCAACUCACCACCAACUGGACGUGACAGAGACAUGGCGAAGGUGCCAGGAGGCCUAUGGAAGAACAUUGUUGCUGUCCAAAUCUAUGGCGCUAACACAGGAGUUGGUAAGACGGUAUUUUCGACGCUCCUGGGUGCCCAUUUAAGCAGGCACGCGAAGUUGAAAGUACAAUACAUAAAGCCCGUAUCCACUGGUCCAGCUGAUGAGGCCGAUGACAGUUAUGUGCACAAGUAUAGCGGCCAACAUGUUUCAACACUUUUCAAAUUCGAUAAAGCUGUAAGUCCGCAUAUUGCGGCAAGAGAAUCAGACCUAAUUCCUAGCGAUGAGCUCAUUAGUCAAACCGUGUUCAAGACCGUCCAACAAGCAGCAAACACAUUAGAGCGGGGGUAUAGAGGCUUCUCAAUCAUCGAGACGGCCGGCGGUGUUCUCAGUCCAGGACCUUCGGGUACACCGCAGGCGGAUAUUUUGCGACCGCUGCGACUUCCCUCGGUGCUCGUAGGCGACCAUCGGUUAGGCGGUAUCGGCUCAACCAUAUCAGCCGCAGAGUCUUUGAAGAUACGAGGAUAUGAUAUCGACGCUGUCAUAUGUUUCGACGACCAGAGUCAGUAUAAGAACGCACCGUACUUGCAGAAGUAUUUCAAGGAUAUGGGAAUAUCAACUGUAAUCUUACCCUGGAUUCCAACUCUUCAAGGUAUUGGACCGGGAACAAAGGAAGAGACGGAGAUCAUGCAAAAGUACUACACAUCACAAAGUGAUAGCAAGGCAAUGUAUACGGUUGUCGAAUGGCUGGAUCAACGCCACCAAAGGAGAAUCAUCGAUACGGGGACCAUGCCAUAUAGAACAGAAAAAGCAAUCUGGCAUCCGUUCACACAGCACAAACAUGUAAAGAGCGCAGAAGACAUCUUGACCAUCGAUUCUGCGUAUGGCGACUAUUUCCAGGUCAAACACAGGGGUAACGAUUCGGAGCCCCAUGUUGAGGAUCAGAUCCUAUAUCCUGCAUUUGACGGCUCAGCAUCAUGGUGGACACAAGGUCUUGGACACGGAAAUCCCCGGUUGGCGCUGGAAGCAGCAUAUGCAGCAGGGCGGUAUGGUCAUGUCAUGUUCGCCGGGGCUACACACCAACCAGCUGUUACUCUAGCGGAGAGUAUCCUUUGGGAUGGGAACAACGGAAACGGAAGCCGUUUGCGGAAAGUAUUCUACACUGAUAAUGGCAGUACAGCGACAGAGGUUGGUAUCAAAAUGGCGCUUCGUGCUGCUAGCAAGUGUUACAAUUGGGACAGCACAAAAGAGUCCAUAGGUAUUAUUGGUCUCAAGGGCAGUUACCACGGAGAUACGAUCGGUGCCAUGGACGCUUCCGAGCCUUGCGUCUUCAACGAGAAAGUUGACUGGUAUCGUGGGCGCGGCUUCUGGUUCGACUAUCCAACGUUCAAACUCAAAAAUGGUCGAUGGGUAGUUGAACCCCCCAAGGGCAUGGAGAAAGAGCUAGGUCCAGUCCAAUUUUUUGGGUGCCAGGAUGACAUAUUCGAUCUUGCUGCUAGAGGCACAGCAACCCGUUAUGAGGCCUACAUCGAAAGAACACUAGAUGAGCUGGUUAAAAAACAGGGCAGGAAAUUUGGCGCAUUGGUUUUAGAGCCCGUGGUUCUUGGAGCUGGGGGGAUGCUAUUCGUAGAUCCACUUUUUCAGCAAAGCCUGGUGCGCGUCGUCCGUCGUUACGAUUUUGCAAACGGCUCUAAGACCACAGACUCUCAAAGUGAAGACGCGCUCGCUUGGUCUGGCCUCCCCAUUAUGUUUGAUGAGGUGUUCACAGGGUUAUAUCGUCUAGGUCGUUUUUCGGCUGCUUCAUUCCUCGGCGUUCAUCCUGAUAUAAGCGUAAAUGCCAAGUUACUCACGGGAGGUCUACUUCCGCUCUCAAUCACGGCCGCGAGCGACUCCAUCUUCCAAGCUUUCUGGGGCGACGAGAAGUCGGAAGCUCUCCUUCAUGGACAUAGUUAUACUGCUCAUGCGGUAGGAUGCCAUGUUGCAAACAGGAGCUUGGAAACCAUGAAACGUUUGCACACUGGCAAGGAGUGGGAUGAUUUCAGGCUGCCAUGGUCGCCUAAACUUCAAGGGUUGAGCACAAAAACCAGGGAAAGAAGAAGAGACGAGUGUACCUGGAGUAUGUGGUCCAAAUCCUUUGUGGAAAGCGUUUCAGAACACGAGAGGGUCGAGCAUGUGAAUGCCCUGGGCUCUGUCCUGGCAGUAUCAUUAAUCGACGAAGGUGGUUCAGGUUACAAUUCUUCAGCAGCGGUUGGUCUUCGAGACGCUCUACUGCAUGAUGUAUCCGAAUCACAGGUACAGAUCCAUUCGCGCAUAUUAGGUAACAUUAUCUACCUCAUGGCGAGCAUGACUGCGACGCGUGCUCAACUCGAUCCGAUUGAGGCAGCGUUCAGAGAAAAGUUGGACGAUGUUAUCAGGGUGUAG